GUUUCGUGUGGCGUGAAGCGAGGUGUCAGGUGCGGGGCAGGGCGGGGGACAGGCGGGCUCCAGACCUCCGCAUCCCGCAGACUCAGCGCCUGGUGCGGCCUGCGGAGGAAGCUCUGCCCGGCUCCAUCCCACCAGGCUCCAUGUGCUGUUCGCCAGUGGAAGAGGACAUUGAAUGCCUCUAAAAGCUGCAGGCUGUGAGCCCUGUGCAGGGUGAUGAUGAGCACUCAGGGCAGCAGCAGCAAAAAGGGAAGUGGCCAGCAUGCCGACACUCCGCCCCUACGUCACCCGUCUGGACCCAAGCUGCAAGUGCAGCGUUCUCACUCUCGAGACACCAUCACCAUACAUUUCUCCGCUCUGGGGAAAGAGGAGGAAGACGAUGACGAGGAGCUCUAUAGGAUACCUGUAGGGCCUGCGGCUCCAGGGGGAGCUCAGAUUCGAGAGACAGGGACAGACGACCAGUAUGUCGCCAAAGGCUUGGAGGCAAAAGAGGAGCUACUGUUUGACUCGUCCAGUGUGGAAACUUCUGGAGCUGCUGUACUGCCUGUUUCAUCAACCACCCUGUCUGUGCAGCUAUCAGACCCCCACCUGCACACAUCGUCUCAUGCUAUGUCUAUUACCUCUGUCUCCGCCCACUCCCACUUAAGCUCCACACCUCCCACCAGCUCCUCCUGGCCUUCUGAUCGACCAGCCCAGCCCCCAUCCACAAGUUCCUCUUCCCCCUGCAAGUCUGGAGCCCUCUCGUCCUCCAAGCCUUUUCUCAGCCUCGUUAGGUCUUUGUCUAAUGAUGUCGACUCUCGAGAAGCUGCUCCUGCAGCCACCACCGUCUUACCACCACAUGCACGACACAGACACUUAAUGAAGUCUUUUGUAAAGUCUCUGUCCACAGACACUUCCAGAGCCGAACACCAGGAAGGGCCUCUUCAUCACCACCCUCAACAUCAGCAAGUCCAAUCUUCCCAUCGGACCCCACCUCGCAACAUGCAGCUUUUCAAGCAGUUCUCCCAGCCUCGGUUAUCUUCCUGUCCUGUCGCAGUCACUCAAGCAGGCGGAGACUCCAAAACAGCCCCCUCCUCCCCCAUUAUGUCUCCAGAUGGGAGGUCCUUCUUCAAAGUCCAAGAGGUGGAGGCCAAGAUAGAAGACACCAAGAGGAGAUUGUCAGAAGUGAUGUCAGAUCCCUUGCAGCUUUUUUGUAAGAUUAUGGGGGAUGAGACUAGUGGGGGGACUUCUGGAAGUGCUGCCCUUCGUGCCAAAUCACUGUCCUCCAGUGCAUCAGAGCUCAGUGGAGCAACAGCGGUUAAUGGACACACGGAAACCAACAACUACAGCAUCAAGGAGGAAGGGGCUGAGGGUGACGAAGAUGAAGAAACCCUGACAGAAAAGGGCCACGAUACUAAUUUUUUCUCCUUCGCAUCACUGUCACUAGCGCCAUCUGUCAAUCAAACCUCAACAUCCACUCUCCACAAGUCUCCUUCCCUCAUGCUGGGACGCUGCUCAAUGUCGGCCCUCGCCGCUCGACAGGAAGAUGAAGACUUCUGUGAACUGUACAGCGAAGACUUUGAGGUGUGUACUGACACAGAGACUCCAGAUGGGGACCGAUCCUUUUCCCAGCAGCCCCAUACUGGGAGCAUUGGUUUGUGUAGUGAACUUGAUGUAGAGGACGGAAGGUUGGAAGAGGAGGUAGAGAAUGUGCCUGUGACCAGCCUUGUUUUCUUAACACAGUUGGUGUAUUGGUAUUUAGUCCUUCCAGUGCCUCCAUGUGUUUGUGCUGUGGUGCAUGGGAUUGUAGCUGGGUUCAUGCUGGCCUUGCUGGUCCUUUGGAUGUCGUCACCUCGGCGCGCCUCUUCAGGGAUCCGGAUACUGCAAAGAAGGAAAGAGCAGCAGAUUUUCUCCCAGGUUGAUGUCAAAGAACCAGAAAUAUUCAAGGGCUGGAUGAAUGAGAUCCACAGCUACGACCCGGAGAUGUACCACGCCACCCUGACCCACUCUGUUUACGUCCGGUUAGAGGGCUCCGUUCUGCGUCUGUCCAAGCCCAACCGGAACAUCUCCCGCCGUGCCGCACACAAUGAGCCUAAACCCGACGUCACUUACAUCAGCCAGAAGAUCUACGACCUGACCGACAGCAGGAUCUACCUGAUGCCCCAGAGCUUGGCCAGGAAGAGGGUGUGGAACAAGAAGUAUCCCAUCUGCAUUGAACUGGCCAAGCAGGACGACUUCAUGUCCAAGGCUCAGGGAGAAAAGUCUGAAGCUGGGGAGGACAAGUCAACAGGGCUGGGUGAGAAGGUGGAGCGAACAGACAGGACUGAGCGACCUGAGAGCUCGGCGUCGGUGGAAGAACCCAAACGAUCAACCUGUGGAAGAGCGGAUCUGACAAUCUAUUUGUUUGGGAGGACUGGUCGGGAGAAGGAGGAAUGGUUUCACAGAUUUCUUCAGGCGUCCCAAAUGAAGUCGGAGGGCAGAGGUAGCGGCCUGUCUGCCACCAUCUGCAAGAGUGCCUUCUUGCCCUCUAACAGCCGCAGCGGCAGCGUCCCGUCUGCUGGAGGCCUGGAGGCUGACAGCAGGAGCAGCAGCAGGGGGAGCCAGGAGGAGCUGUCUCAGCUCCGACACAGAGAGGCCUCCGCUUCUCUCUCCUGCGGUUCUGCUGGAGGGACGAAGCAGAAGAUGCUGUUGGACUAUAACAUCUACAUGGCCAAAUACGUUAGCCCUCAGGCAGCACCGAGAAGCCCGAGUGGCGCUGACAGCCCUGAGCACAGCCCCGAGAGCAGCCCCAAAACUACCAAAAAGUUGUGCAGGGGUUCAGAGGAGACUGCAGAGCCCGAGGCCUGGGUCAAUGCUUUUCUGGGAAGGAUAUUCUGGGACUUUCUACGAGAGAAGUACUGGGCCAGCGUCGUCUCCAAAAAGAUCCAAAUGAAGCUCAGUAAGAUCAGGCUGCCGUACGUGAUGAAUGAGCUCACCCUGACCGAGCUAGAUAUGGGAUUUUCCAUUCCUAAGAUCCUCCGUGCCUCCAAACCGUGGGUGGACCACCGAGGUCUGUGGUUUGAUCUGGAGGUGUCCUACACAGGCUCCUUCCUCAUGACCCUGGAGACCAAGCUGAACCUGGCCCGUCUGGGGAAGGAAGGCGAGGGACUUGGGGAACACGGAAAAGAAUGGUCAAGGCCGAGGACGUACUGUCUGGCGGAUAGUGACGAGGAGUCGUCCAGUGCUGGCUCGUCAGACGAGGAGGAUCCCCCUGACCUGAUCAGUGACAAACCCAGCCUGCCUGCGUCCGAGGGCUAUGUAGGAGGUCACAGACCCAGCAAGAUCAUGCGCUUCGUGGACAAGAUUGCCAAGUCCAAGUACUUUCAGAAGGCCACGGAAACGGAGUUCAUUAAGAAGAAGAUGGAGGAGGUGUCCAACACACCCCUGCUGCUCACCGUGGAGGUGCAAGAGUGCCGAGGGACGCUGGCUGUCAACAUCCCACCUCCCCCCACGGACAGGAUAUGGUAUGGUUUCCGGAGUCCUCCUCACCUGGAGCUGAAAGCGCGGCCUAAACUGGGUGAAAGGGAGGUCACUCUGGUUCAUGUGACUGAGUGGAUCGAGAAGAAGUUGGAUCAGGAGUUCCAGAAAAUAUUUGUGAUGCCAAACAUGGAUGACAUAUGGCUACCCAUAAUGCACUCUGCCAUGGAUAUGCGCUCGAACGCCAACUUGGUGACUGUGACAGACGAUGCCUUGAAGGAUCCAGAGCUGCAGGAGUCUGACGUCUCCGACGUGAAGUCUGCAGUUCAGCACGUGCAAUGACUGACAUUUCAUCUUGGAAGCAAAGGUGCAGCUACAGACUCGGAGGACUUUUAAACUUUU